AUGCAGCUCACUCUCACUUCGAUCCUUUUUGCCCACUCUGUGGCGGCGGCCGCUGUGGCCGCCCCGUCCCCGGCCGCGGCUGCCCCUGGCUCGGAGCCCGAGAUUCUCAGGGCCGUGUACAAGCGCCAAGUCCAGGCCGUGUCGCUCGUCCCGGCCAAGAAGAUCUCCCUCAAGUAUGGCGGCGAGGUCGUUUCGGGCAAGCCGCUCCCCAUCACCGGCGGUCCCACGCUGGGGGUCGGCGGCGGGUCCUCUACAAAGGCCAAGGGCGCCACCUCGGCCUCGAUCGACGGAAACAUGAAGCUGCCGUCGGUGGUGCUCGAGACCAUCCCGAGCAUCAAGGGCGUCUCCUGCACCACCAAGGGAUCCGUCAUCAUCCCCUUCACCGACGCGGCCGACUUCGCGUCGGCCAAGAAGCAGUGGCCCGCCAAGGACUUUGUCGUCGUCACCACGAGCGAUGGCAGCUGCGCCGCGGACGGGCAGCGUGGCUUCUACUCGGUCAGCGCCCUCGCCUUCGACGACAAGAAGACGACCGUGACUGCCACCGCCACGGUGGCGGCCAUCAAGGACGUCAUGAACGAUGCCCAGGUUCAGUGGAAGACCACCCCCGGCGACAAGGCCAAGCGCAGCCUCGACGUCGACGUGGCCGUCGACCUGUCGGGCAAGAAGCUGGUGGACCAGGGCCCCUUUUCCGUGACGGCCGACGUGGCCAAGUACACCGGAGACAUCAGCAUCAGCGGCAGCCUGAGCUUCGACUUCCUGAAGCUGAAGCUGUCGGCCAUGUCGGUCGACCUCGACUACAACUCGGCGCUGGCCCUGAACCUGACCACGGCCAUCAAGGCCACCAAGGCCACCACCGAGAGCCUCAAGUUCGAGCCUCUCGACGCCACCGUCUCUGCCUUUUCCAUCCCCGGCAUCCUCGACGUCGGGCCCAUGCUGUCGUUCGGCCUGGGCGUCGAGCUGUCCGCCUCGGGUUCCGUCACGGUCAAGACGGGCAUCCUGACCACCUUCACCGACAGCAAGGUGCACCUCGACUUCCUCGACUCCAAGUCCUCGACCGCCACCGGCUGGAAGCCCGUCACCACCAUGGACAACACCUUCAGCGUCGACGCCAGCCUGCAGGUGAACCCGUACGCCGAGCUGACGGUCGGCAUGGGCGUCAAGGCCUUCUCGGGGCUCGUGGACCUGACCGCGUCCGUGGCCACCAAGCCGACGCUCGUCAACUCGUUCAACGCCCACGCCGAGGUCACCAGCACCUACAAGAGCGACACCGGCAUCACCUUCUCGGCGCCCAAGAACGUCGACAAGGAGUGCAAGAACGGCGCCUGGUUCGCCAGCACCCUGAAGUUCGGCGUCACCGCCUCCAUCGGCACCCUCAGCGCCGACCUCUUCUCCACCACCGUCCCCGUCUUCCAGAGCCAGUGCUUCAGCUUCAACCUCAUCAAGCGCGACGAGCUACCAACCACCCCGGCCCUCUCCCGCCGUGGUCUGACCGGCAGGAGGAUCGCGGCUUACUAA